AUGAAGGUGUCUAUGGUGUUCUGCGCUGCGGCUGCCGCGGGGGUUGGGGCGCAGGAUAGUGUGUCUGCUACGGGGGCUGGCUGUGAGCCUCAUGGGGAUCACUGGCAUUGUCCGUCUGGCGUCGCUGAGCCGACGGCACCUCCUGCCGUCACGACUCCUACUCCUGCUGUCACGACAUCGCACUCCCAUAACGACGACGACGACGACGAACAUGACCAUCCAGCUACGGCUUCGACUUGCGAACCUCAUGGCGAUCACUGGCACUGUCCUAGUGGUGUCGCUCAGCCUACUACUAAGCCUGCUGCUGUAUCUACCACCUCGUCGGUUAGAACGACGGCGGCGAGCGGUGCUGGGGCGGCUGCUUCAAGUAGCGCGGCUGCGCAGCAGUCUACUAAUGCUGCCGCUGGUAUUGCGGGUGGCGAAGGGAGAUUGCAGGGUGGUGUGCUGGCGGUGCUGGUGGGUGGUGUUGCCUACUUUUUGUAA